AUGACCGCGGUCUCCAUGGUAACGGCGUUGUCCGCGCGCCUGCGACCCGGAAGGAGCCGGAUUUCUUGCGGGCGGGCUGGCUGCUCGAGGUUGACUUCCGGGUCACGGUGGAGCACGCUCUCACGUGGAGGCCGGGAGGUUUGGCCCGCAGCAAUGGUCACAAAGACCCACAAAGCAGACUUGGGCCUUGGGGCCCCAGAGAAAAAGAAAAAGAAGAAAAAGAUGAUUGUUAGAGAACCAGAGACUCAGUACUCAAUGUUAAAUAAUGACAAUUAUUUUUCCGACCAGUCUCCCACAAGGGCCACGUCCCAUUUUAACUUGGGCCAAGGGACGUUCCCCGAGAUAUGUCUGGGGAAAAAAAAGAAGAAGAAAAAGAAAAGUCACAGCUUCAUUGGUGAGCUGCCCCAGGAAUCCGAACCCAGAUUGUCAUGUGCGAGGCGGGCAAAGUCCUACAGCCCUGGGAAGCAAGCUCGUGAACCGUUGGAGUUCGUUUGCUUGGAGAAGAAAAAGAAGAGGAAGUCCUUACCUGUAAUUACUUCCCACAACUCUUGGAUAAAGACUUCCCCAGACCACACAAAGAGUGAGGAAAUGAUGAAGAUUGGCAAGAAGCUCAAAAAACACAAGAAGGAGAAAAAGGCCCAGGAUACUUCUGCCUUCUCCAACCAGGACCGGUGGCUCUAUGAGGCUGGAGAUGCGCUGCGCGCAUGCUCAGUGGGGAAGGAGACUGAGGAGCAGACGGCCUCCGGGCAGAAACGGAAACAGGGGAACCCCAAAGAACACAGUAUGAAGAUGAAGAAGAAGAAGAAGAAGAAGAUCCAACCGGAGAGAGACACCUACUUAGGUCAACCCAAAGUUUCCAAGUCUGUGGAGAACAACUCUAGGAAAGGAAGUAAGAAGAAGCCAGUCAAGAUUGAAGCUCUAGAAUUUAUCCCAAUAGGAGAUGGUCCUAAGUCCCCAAUGAAGAAGAAAAUGAAGUCCAAGAAAAAGGUAGAGCAGCCAGUUGAGGAGUUGGCUCUAAAAAGGAAGAGAAAGAAGAGGAAAGAAGGUGGGGAAGUCAAAGACCCUUGGGAGGAGGCAUCCGACACAGACUUGGAGGUGGUGUUGGAAAAGAAAGGCAACAUGGAUGAGGCCUGCAUAGACCAGGUGAGGCGGAAGGCUUUGCAGGAAGAGAUCGACCGGGAAUCAGGCAAGAUAGAGGCAUCAGACUCCAAAAGCUGGGCGGGAACCCAGUUUGGCCAGUGGGAUACUGCUGGUUUUGAAAGUGAGGAACAGAAACUGAAAUUUCUCAAACUUAUGGGUGGCUUUAAGCACCUGUCCCCUUCGUCCAGCCGCUCCGCCAGCACAGUAGGCAAGCCCAACAUGGCUCUGAGCAAGAAGGAGGCAGACAGCCUGCAACAGAACCUGCAGCAGGACUACGACCGGGCCAUGAGCUGGAAGUGCAGCCGCGGCGCCGGCCUCGGCUACUCUCCCACCCCAGACAAAGUCUUCUACAUCGACAGGAACGCCUCCAGGUCCGUCAAGCUGAGCGAUUAAACUCCCAUCUGGUCUCUCAGCAGCCCACCUGGCUUUUCUUCCUGUGUGGCAGGUGGAAGCUGCAGGCAGUUAUCUUGAACCAGACACUUGGCGAAGGUUCAGGACAACUCUGGAUGGGUGGGCUUGGAGGAGCAGGGGGUGGGGACUGGUGUUUGCAGAGCACACAUGGAUAGGGCGUAUAUUCCAGCUGAAGCCCUACUGUUCCACCAUCUUACAGGAGAGGCACCACAGCUCAGGGACCCCAGCAGUGCAGGCCAUACCCAUCUAGGGCAGGUCACCACUACUGGGACAAAUUGAUGAAGGAAAGCAGAAGUUUUGGGGUGUCUAUAUAGGCCUGCUUACUUGUGCACAGAAAUCUAGUCUGUCACCAGAGGAAGUUGGGCAGCCAGGACAGCAGCAGGCUAUGGCUCCAGAGCAGCUCCAGCCUGCUCUGCCUUUCCUCACAUGUCCCCUUCUUGGGGAUGUAGUCUCAGCCUGAUGUUAAGGCUCCCAGCCUGCAGCUGGCUUGACCCACUCUGUCCCUCCUUUUCCUGCUUUAAGUGCUCUCCCCAGGCCCUCUGCAGGUUUAUAUCAAGUCUAUGUUACUCAUGUCUCUGCCCCAUGCAGAACAGAACACAGCCUACCUGUGGGUCCUAGGAGUUUGGGAGAGAGAGGGAGAGGGUGGUGGAAGGUCAGAGUUCACCUACGACUGGUUGUUUCUCCUUUGGGUAUUUUUUAAGUAGCUGACCCUCUAUGGCCAUAUCCUUCCUAUACUCCAGCUGUCUCUUCAACCCUGGCUCCUCCCACAUUAGUCCUAAAUGAUUUCUGCUGUCUGCCUCAGUGUGUGAGCCUCUGCCCCUGAAGCCACCUUCCCAACAGGCCCAUCAAAGUAUCUGCCAGGCAGCCAUAGCUCUCCUUUAAAAGGGGUAUGUCCAGACGAGCAUGGUAGUGCACAUCUGUAAUCCCAGCCGCUCAGGGCAGAGAUCAGGAGGACUGAAGAGUGACGCUAGCCUAGACAAGAGUAUUAGCAAGAUCCCCAAGUCAGCUGUCUAGCUGAGUGUGGUGGUUCACAACUGUGGUUUCAGUUACUGAGUGGUUUAGGUUGAGAGCUGAUGGAAUCGCAGCCUCAAAUUAGAAGAAAUGAGUUAAGGAGGGUAAUUUGUGAAUCUGCCCCUUGGUUUUAAUUAGCAUAAUACAGUUUGUUUCAAGUAGUUUUAUUUUUUUAAAAUUCUUUGUUGUUAUAAAGGUGAUGUACAGAGGGGUUACAGUUACGUAAGUCAGGUAAGGAGUACAUUUCUUUUUGGACAUCACCCCUUCCCUCGCUCUCUCCCAGUUUUCCCUCAUCCUACUGAAAUAAAUUUAAUGGAAAUAACUUUUUGGAAUAAAGGCGCUCUGCUCUGGGAGAACUUGAGCAGAACGAGGACAACUCUG